AUGAGCGGACGCGGAAAGGGAGGAAAGGCCAAGACCGGAGGCAAGGCCAAGUCGCGCUCGGUCCGCGCCGGGCUUCAGUUCCCGGUUGGACGUCUGCAUCGUCUCCUCAGGAAGGGCAACUACGCUCAGCGCGUUGGUGCUGGAGCCCCCGUCUACCUGGCUGCCGUGCUGGAAUACCUGGCUGCUGAGGUCCUCGAACUCGCCGGAAACGCCGCCCGCGACAACAAGAAGACCCGCAUCAACCCCCGCCAUCUCCAACUGGCCGUCCGUAACGACGAGGAGUUGAACAAGCUUCUGUCUGGAGUGACGAUUGCUCAGGGCGGAGUGCUGCCCAAUAUUCAGGCGGUUCUGCUGCCUAAGAAGACGGCGGGUGAAAAGGAG